CCAUUCUCACACCUCCUCAAUUUCGCGGCUGUCUGUAUUCGUACUUCUGAUUUUCACUCUUUUCAUUUUCUUUUUCAUUUUUUUUCUCUUUUUGUUUGCCGGUGUAUUCCGGUGAAGGUAGCUAUUUCCGGUGAGAAUGGCGCUGCUGCCAGAUCUGGGGACGGAGAUCGUUAUUCCUCUGUGCGCCGUCAUCGGCAUCGUUUUCUCACUCGUGCAGUGGUUCCUUGUCUCCAAAGUUAAGCUCUCACCGGAGCGAGGUGGCGCCUCGGCUGCUAACAACGGGAAGAAUGGGUACAGUGAAUACUUGAUUGAGGAGGAGGACGGUCUCAAUGACCAAAACGUCGUCGUUAAAUGCGCCGAGAUCCAGAACGCUAUCUCCGAGGGUGCAACAUCUUUUCUGUUCACUGAAUACCAAUAUGUGGGGAUUUUCAUGGUUGCUUUUGCAAUCCUCAUCUUCCUUUUCCUGGGCUCGGUUGAGGGUUUCAGCACGAAGAGCCAGUCUUGCACUUAUGACAAAGAGAAGUUGUGCAAGCCUGCCCUUGCAACUGCGAUCUUCAGCACUGUGUCCUUCCUGCUUGGUGCUGUCACCUCGGUCAUCUCUGGUUUCCUUGGGAUGAAAAUUGCAACCUAUGCAAAUGCAAGGACAACAUUGGAAGCUAGAAAAGGUGUUGGGAAAGCAUUUAUUACUGCAUUUAGAUCUGGUGCAGUCAUGGGUUUUCUCCUUGCUGCAAAUGGCCUGUUGGUUCUUUACAUUGCUAUCAAUCUAUUCAAGCUUUAUUAUGGGGAUGACUGGGAAGGACUUUUUGAGGCAAUUACUGGAUAUGGUCUUGGUGGUUCCUCCAUGGCUCUGUUUGGGAGAGUUGGAGGUGGUAUUUACACCAAAGCCGCUGAUGUUGGUGCUGAUCUUGUCGGGAAGGUUGAAAGGAACAUUCCAGAAGAUGACCCCAGGAAUCCUGCCGUGAUUGCUGACAAUGUUGGUGAUAAUGUUGGAGAUAUUGCUGGAAUGGGGUCUGAUCUUUUUGGUUCAUAUGCUGAAUCAUCAUGUGCUGCUCUUGUUGUGGCCUCCAUUUCCUCUUUUGGAAUUUCUCACGACUUCACUGCAAUGUGUUAUCCAUUGCUUAUUAGUUCCAUGGGAAUUCUGGUUUGCUUGAUCACCACUCUUUUUGCUACCGACUUUUUUGAGAUCAAGGCUGUCAAGGAAAUUGAGCCAGCAUUAAAGAAGCAGCUCAUCAUCUCCACUAUUCUUAUGACUGUGGGAAUUGCAAUUGUCACAUGGACUUGCCUGCCAUCAUCCUUCACAAUCUUCAACUUUGGUACUCAAAAGGUUGUGAAGAACUGGCAACUCUUCCUCUGUGUCUGUGUUGGUCUUUGGGCUGGACUUAUCAUUGGAUUUGUGACCGAAUAUUACACCAGCAACGCUUACAGCCCUGUGCAAGAUGUUGCUGAUUCCUGCAGAACUGGUGCUGCAACCAAUGUUAUAUUUGGCCUGGCCUUGGGAUACAAAUCUGUUAUCAUUCCUAUUUUUGCCAUUGCAAUUAGUAUUUUUGUCAGUUUCACCUUUGCUGCUAUGUAUGGUAUUGCGGUCGCUGCUCUGGGGAUGCUGAGCACUAUUGCUACUGGGUUGGCUAUUGAUGCUUAUGGUCCUAUUAGUGAUAAUGCUGGAGGUAUAGCUGAGAUGGCUGGGAUGAGCCACAGGAUUCGUGAGAGAACUGAUGCCCUUGAUGCUGCUGGGAAUACCACUGCUGCAAUUGGAAAGGGCUUUGCCAUUGGAUCUGCUGCUCUUGUUUCAUUGGCACUUUUUGGCGCCUUUGUCAGCCGUGCAGCAAUUUCAAAAGUUGACGUUUUGACCCCUAAAGUCUUCAUUGGUUUAAUUGUUGGUGCGAUGCUCCCAUACUGGUUCUCUGCCAUGACUAUGAAGAGUGUUGGCAGCGCAGCUCUGAAGAUGGUUGAGGAAGUUCGCAGGCAGUUCAACACUAUCCCUGGUCUAAUGGAGGGUCAUGCCAAGCCUGAUUAUGCUACAUGUGUGAAGAUUUCCACUGAUGCAUCUAUUAAGGAGAUGAUUCCCCCUGGUGCCCUUGUCAUGCUUACCCCUCUGAUUGUUGGGACCUUUUUCGGUGUUGAGACCCUCUCUGGUGUUCUUGCUGGUUCACUUGUCUCUGGCGUCCAGAUUGCGAUAUCUGCAUCGAACACUGGUGGUGCAUGGGACAAUGCAAAGAAAUACAUUGAGGCUGGUGCUUCGGAGCAUGCCAGGACCCUUGGCCCCAAGGGAUCAGACCCACACAAGGCUGCUGUUAUUGGGGACACCAUCGGAGACCCUCUGAAGGAUACUUCCGGUCCCUCACUCAACAUCCUUAUCAAGCUCAUGGCAGUCGAGUCCCUCGUGUUUGCUCCUUUCUUUGCCACUCAUGGUGGUCUGCUGUUCAAGAUCUUCUAAAAGAUGGGUGGAUGUUUGGACAAAGAGGAAGAGGGCCUCGGUCUCCUUUCUCCUUCUGGGAAAGCAUAAUCUCCAUUUCUCUGGUACUUCAUCACUCUGUUUUGUGUCUAACGUUUACGAAGUAUGGGAAGCUUAAGUUAGCUCAUUCAUAGUGAGGUCUUAAUUUUUGAUGAGCUGAUGAUAAUGAUGACAAGUGUGUUGGCAAGGAUGAUGGUUGAAAUCUACAUCUUCAUCAUAGUAGUUCAGAUAAAAAAAUGUAUUAGCUUCUGUUUUGAGUCAUUUAUAAACAGCUGAAUUUCUAGUAUUCCUUGUGAUGGAAUUAAUUUUGCUGGAACGACAUGGGGCCUUUAGGGUCCUUAAUUUUACCUUUACCUUUGGUGAAAGUUUGGAGCAUCAGAUUUGUUGUGUUGUGGUUCCAUGUUUCUUUGAAGCCAAUCAUUUUUCUGUUCCGAGGGAUUGUGCUUUAGUACAUGAGGCACAAUGUUAUAUCCAGGCUACGUUUCAUUUUA